AUGGUGGUCCCGUGCCUCCUCGUGCUCGUGCUCCUCUGCUUCCUCGCCAGUGGAGGACGCGUAUCCCCGGGCAUAGACGAGCUGCGCCGCGUCUCUUCGUGCGCAGUCGCUGCCGGUACCGGCGAGCCAGCUUCCCCCGCCGACGAUGAACAUGGUGGCACCUCGCCGGACCUAGGAGCUCACGCAGCCAGAAGGGGAGGAGCCGGACCUCGUGCACGCUGCCGGGGAUGGGGGAGCAGCGACCAGAAGGGGAGGAGCUGGACCUCGCGCGGCCGACCAUGGGGAGGCACGCCGGGGAUGGGGACGCACGCGGGCGUGGAUCCGUUCAGCAAAAAGGAUUGGUAUGAUAUCAAGGCUCCGUCGGUCUUCAGCGUACGCAACAUCGGCAAGACUCUGGUGUCCAGGCUACAGGGCACCAAGAUUGCCUCUGAGGGUCUUAAGCACAGAUUGUUUGAGGUCUCCUUAGCUGAUCUCCAGAGUGAUGAAGACCAGGCAUCCAGGAAGAUCAGGCUUCGCGCAGAAGAUGUACAAGGGAGAAAUGUUCUCACAAACUUCUGGGGAAUGACCUUCACCACGGACAAGCUCCGUUUACUGGUGAAGAAGUGGCAGACGCUUAUUGAGGCUCACGUCGAUGUCAAGACCACUGAUAACUACAUGCUGCGGCUGUUCUGCAUUGGGUUUACCAAGAGGCGGCCCAAUCAAGUGAAACGCACUUGCUAUGCUCAGGCAAGCCAAAUCAGACAGAUUCGACGGAAGAUGACCGAAAUCAUGAGCAACCAAGCUUCUUCUUGUGAUCUUAAAGAGCUUGUGUCCAAAUUCAUCCCUGAGGUCAUUGGAAAGGAAAUUGAGAAGGCCACCUCUAGCAUCUUUCCUUUACAGAAUGUCUUCAUCCGCAAGGUGAAGAUCCUGAAGGCGCCAAAAUUUGACAUUGGAAAACUAAUGGAGGUGCAUGGUGACUACGCCAAGGAGGAUGUUGGUGUUCAGAUUGAAAGGCUCGCUGAAGAUGACUUGACAAUGGGGGACAGGAGGUUUCUGCAUCCAAGUGAUAGUACUAGAAAACACGGCGCCAUCUCUGUGACGGCCACUGUUUAUUUAAUUUUGUGUAGUAGGAUACUGGCUAAUAUGAAAAUGCUAGAUAUGUAUGUUUAUAUCCCCAGUAGUGCUUGA